AUGGGUAUAAGCACGCAAAUAGUAGAGCACACAUUCUCUAGUAUAUCGGUGGCCAUGUCGAGCGCCUCCAGCUUCGUGUGCUCGCCUAUAGCCUCGGCCUCCUCUGGAUGCCUGCUUCCUCCAAGUAAGCACGGCACCGGUCCUUCCAUCGGCAAGUUGCAGGGCCGCCGCCUGUCGUGCAGAGCCGCAGCCACGUCUGGUAGUGGCGGCGACGAAAACCAGCAGGUCCGCCGCAACAUCGACCGCCGGGACGUCCUUUUCGGCCUCUCCGGGUUCGCCGCUGUCACAAGCACAAAGCUCGGCCUCGCGCUCGCCGCUGACGCCGAGCCAGUGUGCGCGAGCGUGCCCAUCACGGCCGAGGUGCUGAAAUGCAGCUUGACGGACGAUUUCGACUGCCCCGCCGAGUACGACGCCACGAAGGUCAUCGACUUCAAGAGCCUGCCACUACCGAGUGGGCCGCCUCGCGUCCGCCGGCCGGCGCACGAGCUAGACGACGCGUACGUGAAGAAGUUCGAGGAGGCCAUCCGUAGGAUGAAGGAGCUGGACGAGGACGACCCGCGCAGCUACUACAACCAGUCGGGGAUCCACGAGGCCUACUGCGACAAACACUACAACGUGGUGUCGUCGGGCAGCCCCGAUGUCACGUUCGACGUGCACUUCUCCUCCAUCUUCGCGCCGUGGCAUCGCAUGUACAUCUACUUCUUCGAGCGCAUCCUCGGCGACCUCAUCGGCGACCCCACUUUCGCGCUGCCCUACUGGAAUUGGGACUCCCCGGAAGGGAUGAUGCUGCCCUCCAUAUUCCUGAAUGAGUCCUCCCCGCUCUUCAACGCCAAUCGCAACCAGGCACACCUCCGCUCCUUCAUGGAUCUCAACCUGGGGCCCGCAAAGCAAAAAAACCUUCCUGAACCUGAGUGCACCGGCGACGCUUUAUGCCUCCUGGAGAACAAUCUCUACAGCAUGUAUCGUCAGAUGACCGUGGACACGCCGGAGGAAUUUUUCGGCAACAAGUUCUGCGCGUUUGAUGCGAAGUUCACCGGGUCACUGGAGAACGGGGCACACACGGCGGCACACAUCUGGGCUGGGGGAGACAUGGGGAGCCUGAAGACGGCGGCACGCGACCCCGUGUUCUACUGCAACCACUCCAACGUUGAUCGCAUGUGGCACCUGUGGACAACCACGCUAGGCCGCGACAACCUCCCCUACAAGGAGUGGCUCGACACCAGCUUCGUCUUCUACGACGAGAUGAAGCGGCCGGUGCGCAUCAGUGUCCAGGACGUCCUAGACAACGGCAAGCUCGGGUACACGUACCAGGAGAAGAGGAACCUGGAGUGGUUGCAGAAGCGCCCCGUGCCGUCCACCGUAAUCAACCGCCCGGUCAGCACCCAGAAACCUGUUACCCCUGCCUCGUCGUUCCCCUUAACUCUCAACAAUGGCCAGAACCAGUACGUGACGGUGGCGAGGCCGCAGAAGGCCCAGGCCGCUGGCGGCAGCAGCAGGAAGGCACCGGAGGUGCUGGUGUUCGACCUCACGGUCGACCCCUGCCAGUUCGCCAAAUUCAACGUGCUCCUAAACGUGCCUAGGGGCCAGGAGGGGAUAGUGGGGCCCAAGAACAGCGAGUAUGUAGGAAGCUUCAUGUACGUUCCGCACAGCAGUGGCGACGACGAUGACGGCAGCCGUUUCAGUCGCGGCCGUGGCCGCCGCGAUCGGCGGGACGACGACCGCGGCCGCGGCCGUGGCGAUCGUGGCCGUGAUGAUGACCGUGGCCGCCGCAGCGACCGUGGCCGUGGCGAUCGUGGCCGUGACGAUGACCGUGGACGCGGCCGUGGCGGCGAUCGCGGCCGUGACGAUGACCGUGGACGCGGCCGUGGCGGCGACCGCGGCCGUGACGAUGACCGUGGACGCGGCCGUGGCGACCGCGGCCGCAUGAUGGAGAACCAGGAUGUGUCGUACCGCCUCAAUCUGCGAGAGAUCAUCGCGGACCUCAACUGCGGCCGGGACACGACUCUGGACAUCACGAUUGUACCAAUCGCGGGUGAGAAGACCCUGGUCAACAGUCUGCGCGUCGACAUCCUUUGAUCGCUCAGCUGCUGGCCUGCUGCCAUGCAUACAAGAUAUGCUCCAGCUUCCAGAACUGUAUCUGCAUCACGCUGUUUUUCUGAAGUUUGCCUAUCUACUUAUGAUUACACCAUUGUAUGAUUGAUUUUUCCUUCUUCUGAAGUUAUCCUCCUCAUCUUCAUCAUCAUCCUCAUAUAUCAUGAUCGUCACCUUCGUGAGCACCAAAGUUGUUCUUCA